AUGGAGAUGAUUUGCAUUGUUCACUAUUUUCACUGUCUUCAAGAUUACUUCAUUGAAGUGGAAACGAGUCGUGCCAACGAAGCUGGCACACAUCACAUCGGUUGGCUUCAAAUCAAAGGUCGACUAGGCAUCUCUCCGAUCCUAAAACUCACCGAUCCGGAUGGUAAACCUGUCCUACAAACCGGAUCCACUGAUACAUUUAGAAUGACAUGCGAGAGUUUGGGAGCACUGCAACAAAUCUACGUGGGACUAGUCGAUCCCAAUCUCACCUUGGACGAGGAGGACGAGGAGCCAAAAUACGUCAAUCUUCAAUUGAAUAGGCAAAAUCAGUGGAAUUGUAGGAGUAUUUUAGUGUCCGAUGGUCGAGAUGGUGAAACGUACCUCUUCAACAUCAAUCAGUGGAUUAUGGCCACACCUGAAGUCGAUCGUCGAAAUUGUGUUGCUGCCCGACCUGCUGAGUUGCGUAUCACCCAACCACCAAAGAAGAAGAUUGAUACUGUGAAAGACUCUUUUGAUGCAACCACGGCUCCAACAGUGACUUAUAGGAUAAGCAUUGAAACAGGCGACGAGGAGACUGCUGGAACAACAGCAAACGCCUACAUCACUCUCUACGGCAAUCAAAAAGGUGCCACCUCGGGUUCACAACGCCUUCAGAGAAUCUCCAAUCUCACAUUUGCACGAGGACAAGUGGAUGUCUUUUUCAUUUCAUGUGCUAAAUUAGGUGCGUGUCUCCCUUUCCAUCCUCAUCCACCAUCUACAAUUCACCUCUUAGUACUUAAAAUUGUGACCCUCAGGGAAGGGCAUUGCUUCAAUCAAACCAACAGUUCCCUCCUCAUGAUGGAUGGAGGAGAUUGGGACUAUUGUUGCGCAUAA